GCCACAGAGGUAGUUGAGGAGGUGCGUGCUGUUUCUAUUGAUUUGGUCCCACUACGUGCAUCAGAGAUGAUGUUGCCUGUGCUUGUUGCCUUUGAGGAGAAGCUUCCUGUAUUGCGUGCCACAGAUGUGUUUGAGGAAGUGCGUCGUGUGGUCAAGAAAUUAGAUGUAGAUUCCUUGAAUGCCGUUGGAAAUGAGGUUGGUGUUGAUGUGGUUGCCGAGCCAAUGAAUGUCUGUAUGCUCUAUCGUGUUGGUUUUGUUGGUGCUGGGUGGAAGCGUCUUGUGGACCAUAAUCGUCAUCGUUUGAACGAGUGCUUCCUUGCCGAUGCUGCGGUUCGUGCCGAUGUGGUUCCCAAGUCUAUUGAGAAUGUGACUUGUUCCGACUCUGGCGACGUGGUGGUGACGGCGUGGAUUGAGCACCCGAGGCGGCUGGCGCAGAGCGAUGUCUGCCGGUUCUUGCACGAGGCGCCGUUCUCGUCGAUGUGGGAGCUUUACGACACGGUGUCCGGUCGGGCGAGCGUGACGGGCGGGGCGGCGAUGGCGACGACAUUUCACCGCGUGGGGUUCGAAGGGAUCGACCGGCCGUUGGGGGGGCGGGGGGAGGCAAUUCGGACCGCCUUCGUGUUGGACGUCGCGGAGGUCCUCUCGCUCCCCAACGCAGCGGUGCGGAUUGCGGGCCACGAGGAGGCAGCAAACGGAGGGCGGCUUGUCUUCGACGUCCUUCUCGACCAUCCAUCAACACUCGCAGAGACGGAAAUUGAUCGCGUCCUCGCAGAAGCACCAUUCACCCGCGUGUGGGACGUCUACAGAAACACCAAGACUCCCGUCAUGCAUAAGCUACCACCACUACGGACGCCCCCGCGUUCAGUCUCUCCGCGUGCGCUCUCCCCGCGUUCGCUCUCUCGACCACAGCUCUCCCCAGCGCACUACCGACAACAUCAAGAGCAACAGCCCCACUGUUGCCCACAUCACCUUUUCCAGGACAGCGGAGAUUCUCCACGCGGUACGCAACAUCACUAUCUGCAACCAACUUGUAGCUAUUUGAACUACAUGCUGGCUCGAGGUGGGGACCCCAGGACAGCACAGCGUCCCAGACGUCUCCCACGGCCUUACCGUGUUUCGCCACUGAGGAAUUCACCGAGGAAUUCACCGAGAAGCUCAGAAGUUCACAGCGGGGCAGUCUCUGCACUUGUGCACAUACCUUCAGCGGGACGCGAAAUGUCGCAAGAAAACCCGGUGAUGCUUCCGCCGCUGCGCUUCACCCCACGUACACAGGAAUUGACACCAAGAACCGACUCUCUACAUCCCCGGGCUCAACCAAUGGCUCCACGACAACAACAACAACAACACUUGAUAGAUCUCCGGGGAGUUGGAAACGCGCUUCUGCAACGGCGUCUGAGGAAAAAGGAACAUAACGUCUCAUAG